AUGGCCUCGUCCGCCGGUGCCAUGAAGACGUUGGUUCUGGCGGCGGCGGUGCUGCUGCAGCUGCUGCUGCUGCACGGGGGAAUCGUCACGAGCGCCGGCGGCAACUUCUACCAGGACGUGGACAUCACGUGGGGCGACGGGAGGGGCAAGAUCCUGAACAACGGCCAGCUGCUGACGCUGUCCAUGGACAGGUCCUCCGGCUCGGGGUUCCAGUCCAAAGCCCAGUACCUCUACGGCCGCUUCGACAUGCAGCUGAAGCUGGUGCCAGGCAACUCCGCGGGCACCGUCACCACCUUCUACCUCUCCUCGCAGGGCAGCUCGCACGACGAGAUCGACUUUGAGUUCCUCGGAAACGUCUCCGGCGAGCCCUACACGGUGCACACCAACGUGUACACCCAGGGGAAAGGCGGGCGGGAGCAGCAGUUCCGGGUGUGGUUCGACCCCACCGCGGACUUCCACGCCUACUCCGUGCUCUGGAACCCCGCCCACAUCGUCUUCUACGUCGACGGCGUCCCCAUCCGCGAGUUCCGCCGCCGCAACGACGGCGCCGUGCCGUUCCCGACGUCGCAGCCGAUGCGGGUGUACGCCAGCGUGUGGGACGCGGAGGAGUGGGCCACGCAGGGGGGCCGAGUCAGGACGGACUGGUCCAAGGCGCCCUUCGUCGCCUCGUACAAGGGGUACGCCGCCGCCGGGUGCACCGCGCCGGACGUCGCCUCGUGCGCGAGGUCUAAUGGUGCGUGGAUGUCGCAGGAGCUCGAUAGCGCCGCGCAGGAGCAGCUCCGCCGGGCGCAGGCUAAGUACAUGAUCUACAACUACUGCACCGACAAGUACCGCUUCCCGCAGGGCCCGCCGCCCGAGUGCUCGUCGCCGGCCAACUAG